AUAUAAAAUGGGAGCGAUCAUCCGAGGUCCAACUGCAUGUAUGCUGUUAUUAAACAUUGGAUAGUUUAGUUUACGAGUACAAUAUACUAAUUCAUGAAAUAAAAUAAUUACAAUAUUUCUUAAAUUCCAAUAGAGAGGAGUAUAAAACAACAUCAAAUAUAAAUACUCAACAUCAAACCUCAAAAUUGUAAUUGUUGUACUUCCACCCCCUAAUUCAGUACAGGUGUCCUCCACCUGGAGGGAUCUGACCACGUAACAGCCGCGCGUGCUCCUGUUGCUGUGGCAACGCAUGUUUGAGACAUACUUCUCCGCGUGCUAACUGGUGUGCUAGUUAGCUAGCUUCUCAAAGCUCCGUCUCUCAGUAUUGUAUACACACGAUGGUGAGCAAAGAGUCCUCUAAAUAUAUCCACCACAACAAUGGUGCACUGACUCCAGUGACGUCAUUAACUAUUUGCUACCUAGCGGCCUACGAUCACGAUUAGUUGCUGUGUGCAUUUCCUGUUAUGCUAAGCUAACGCUAGUGUGUUCAGAGAAGAAGAUGUUGUCAUCGGAGUGACAUUCAUGAGAGGCAGACGGGUUGCUGCUUCUCCACAAUAACAAUGCCACCCAAAAGCAAAGGCUCAAGUAAAAAGCCUGCGAAGGUCAAAACGCCCACACUGAUAGAUGGAUUCACCAAGGAGGAGCUGUCCAAGGAGCAGAUGGAAGAGCACAUUGUGCGUCUUCGAGAGGAGCUAGACAGAGAGAAGGAAGAGAGAAACUACUUUCAGCUGGAGAGGGACAAGAUCCACACAUUUUGGGAGAUCACAGACAGUAAACUCGAGGAGGUUAAGGCAGAAAAGAAGAAUUUUGAUACAGACAUAGAGGAGGAUGAGGGGCGCCACCAAGUAGAGGUCAAGGUGUAUAAGCAGAAGAUGAAGCACCUCCUGUGUGAACACCAGAACACAAUAUCUGAGUUGAAAGCAGAUGGUUUAGUCCACACACAGGCGGUCCAGGAAGAGCAAAACAAAUUAGAGACUGUGCUUCAUAAGGACAUGAGGGCCGUCAUGGUCGACAUGCAGGAGCUUGACAAUGAAAACCUUGUCAAGGAGCUUGAACUGAAACACCGUGAAGAAAUGACUAAAACAAGUGACAUCUUUGAAAAGCAAAUUUCAGAAGUCCAAGCCAAAUAUGAGAAAAAGAUGGAGUUGCUGGUACAAGAGCUGGACAACAUAAUGAAAAAUGUGACCUGUGAGAUAGAAGAUCAAUGGAACAGCCACAUCAACACUCUAAUAGAAGACCACAAGAAAGCCUUCAUGGAAGUUGAUGCACUGUUUAUCGGCAUGAAACAGGAUUUAGAUAUGAACGAGUCACUCAAGGCACAAAAGGAAGGGAUGCACACAAAACAGAAGGAGAAGGACCUGGUCUGCCUUUUGCAGGAGAACAAAUAUCUGACAGAGCUUCUCUCGAAAGUCAAAGAGGAGAACGCGGACAUUGAGAGAAAAAUGAAAUACUUCGUAUUGGAAAAGGAUGUCAUUGAAAAGGUUAAACAAAAGAAGCUGGAUGAACUGAAAUGCGAUUAUAAGACACUGGAACAGAAACUCUGCAAGCUUCAUCUAGAAAGGGAUGAGCUGGAGAAGACGUUCACUCAGAAUAUUCAGCAGGUGCAGGAUGAAGGAGAUUGGAAGAGCAUGCAGCUGGAAAGGAGGCUGGAAGGUCUGAUAGACAGCCUGGAGAAGACGCAGGCGCAGCUCCUCUCUGUGCUUUCUGCCUCGAACAUGGACCAAACUGCUCUUCAAGGGGUCACUAACAAAAUUGAGACAAAUCUGGACUCCAGUAAUUAUUCCAUCAAGAACUUGGAGUAUAAAAAAGCUCAGCUUUCCCAGGCCCGUAAGGAUUUGCUGCUGACCUACGAAGCUAAGCAAAGGGCUCUUGGGCCUGUGGAGGAGCUUUGUUUAAAGCCAUUUGAGGUCAGCUGCUAACUGGGAAGUCAAUCAUUGACCUUGGGUUUGUCCCAAAAUGAGACGCAAUGAAUCCAAAGACUGACCCAUUAAUAGUAAAUCUCACUUUCUUUGCAUAAGCCCUGUUUCUCAUGGUGUUCUUUGAUAUAAAUUACUUCACUCCAUUUGAACUAGUUUGUUUAAGAAAAUAGACUAUUUUGGAAUAUUUAUAAUUUUUUCUUUUAUUCUUUCAUAGAUGGUUCAUAUGGAUAACAUUGGCUGUGUCUGUCAAUAUAUAAAGCUGUAAUAAUACCAAAAUGAACCUAUAGUUAAAUACAUUUAAAUAUGUGAUUUAAAAGAAGCUUAACAUAAGAGUCAAAAGCUGAAAUGGCAGUUACUGAAACCUUUACUUACUCUAGCUCUACAGGACUAGUAGAGCUGUUGUUUGUUGUCAUCAUGGCUGGUCUUCCAUCUCUAUUAUUUGCAUGCUGUGUUCACCGAAUCAUUAAAGAUUUUAAUGACGUAAUAGUUUUUAUACGGUAAAACAGAUUCUCGUCUCAGCUCCAUUGAGACCAAAUGUGUAGUUACUGUGUUUUGCUCCUUAAGGAAUAAGGAGAAAAGUGCAUUCCUGUUAAUCUCGACUGGUGUGAAGUGCUGCAAAAGUAAAUGAGCUGACAACAAACAACAAUCAGAAUAUGGGCUGCUCUGCUGUGGUCUGUUAGAGUUAGACGUGUCUGACUGGUUGAUGGAGCAUUUUUACUGCAAGAAGAGCCAUGCAUGACUUGCUUCUCCAACUAGCAGUUCAUAUAUUUCAAUAAUAUCACGUCAUAUUUAAAAAGCAGAUAAUCUUCUAUAUUUAGGUUAUUUGUGCAAUCUGACUGUACUUCAAAAGGGAUGUGUUUAUCGCCCUCUAUACACAUUUACAGUGUGGUUAAGUCCUUUACAGUUCUGGUUAUAAUUAUUUCCGUAAAUGAUGUACCAGAAUUACAGCAAUGAUUGUUUUUGCAUUUAUAUUUAUCUGUUCUCAGAAUGGAUAAAUAUACAUGAUGGUGAUUGUGGCCUUGAUGUCACUCUCAAAACUAAAGUGGGCGUCAUUCUAGGUCACAUUAGGGGACACAUAUACAAUCUUAUUGGUUAUAAAAAUAUUUGUGCAUAAGGUGGAACCAAAUUAUUAAUUUGAGAACUGAUAAUUACCUCUUGGAAGGAAUGUUCGUAAGUAGUAGCAACGGUUUUCAGUACUGCUCAACACAAUUGAAUUUGAUUGUUGGAGUAUGCAAUAUGUAGAAGAGGGACAUUUUAUUUUGACGUUUGUUAUUAGAUUUAAUGGAGAAAAAAAAAACAAGUUGCUGAAAGGGUGUGUUAUUGUCAAGUGGUUACUACUAAACAUUGUUGUAAA